UGCGCGCGCCCGCCCGUUUUCGAGCGUGUGUGUGCGUGUGACUGUACCGCCGACACCUCGCCCCGGCCCCUUGUCAGUCCUUUUACGGAGACCGUUUCGUACGCACUUCCAUUGCCCGCGCGCAACACACGCACCGCUCGUGUGUGCAAGCCCACCACUACCACCACAACCGCGGUAGUAGUUGUAGUAGUGACGAAGACCGCCGUCGCGUACAGUACUACAGUCUCAUCCGCACCGGCGCCGGUAGUGAACGUGGUGCGCGUGUCUGUUUCCGUAAUAUCGUGGAUGUAAAAUUUCGUUGACAUUUUUAUACAUAAAUUUUUUUUUGUUUUCCGAUUUCGGUCUAUACACGAGAUCGCGAGUGUUCCUCACGUUAAAUUAAAUAUCAUAUCGCUUGUGCCUCGAAUUUUUUUUUUCAUUUUCGACGGUACGUCCCAGUCGAUUUUAAAAUAGAUAAUCCGUCGUCAUCGCGAUUGAUAUUUUGAUUUUCUCGUAACCGUCGGGAAACGCGGUAAUUGCGUGGGAAUUUCCCGGCUUUUUCCCCGACGGGAUAACAGUUGUUACGUUUUAAUAUUAAUUUUUGAAUAUCUCAUCGUGUGUGCGUGCGCGUUGGCGACACGCCGAGUGACCGUGGAAAACGACCGGUGGGAUUACGCGGACUAAAAUCACGUUGCCGGGUGCCGCCGAAAUGGUGAACCCGAGCACGGAAUCCAUACUGAACCAGAUGACCAACCUGGCCAUGGACAUCGCCCUAGACUAUGUGUUGCCCGCGUCGCCAAUGAGCGACGUGUGCAAGAGCGACUUGUUUGAAUUCGAACGGGAUGUGGUGGUCGCAGCCGUCAGCGGCGGAGCGUCCGCCGGUGGUCUGUUGAGCAGCUUGGUGGCCGGCACCGCGGGUACGACCGGCGGCUGUUGCGGGCGGCCGCCUACCGACUUGUGCAAGAAGAACAGUUAUAUGGGCGCAGCGGGAUGCGAUUCGUGCGACGCGUGUCUGGCCAGGAACGCCGCGGCUACCGCAGCCGCUGACCUCUACUUACCGAGCACCUGUACCACCAGUGGCGUGACGGCGUCACCGCCUUCGUCGAGCGCUUCGUCGACGACGUCGUCCGCAUCGUCUACACCGUCGCAGCAGCAGACCGCCGAGACGACGAUGGACAUCAGUUGGUGUCAGUUCGAUGGGUGCGAAUUCGACACGGCCGACAACAGUUACCUGGACAUUUGCGAUUGGAUAUUCUACGCUGACCGGUACGCGCUCACCGACGAAAAUCGCGAAAAGGUGCAAAAAGCUUUCCAGAUGGUGCCUCCGGGCGAGGUGACCGGUUACGUCGCCGAACCCCCCAAGCACGUCAAGAGGAAUAGCAACUCGACCGCCGGACGUUCCCCGAUCGGCACGUCUUUGACGGUCGGCGAUGAUCCAGCUGUGGCCGCGGUGGCUGCUGCUGCAGCGAUGGUUGGCGGUGUAUCCGUCAAAUCCGAACCGGACGACGACUACUUGUGGACCAGCGAUAACCACUUGCUACCUAUCAUACUCAAAGCGGAACCCAAUGCCGAUAUAUUACAGAUCACUGAAUUGGACCACAGUUACCUGCAGACGCCCACCAGCCACGGCGGCUGCAGCUCUGCCAGUUCAUCGACGGCCGUGUCGCCUGCCAAACACCACCCCAACCACUUGGUGGACAUGCUGGGACUCGUCACUCCACCACCUUCCCGUUCACAGUCUUCCGAAGAAGAAGAGAUCGACGUUGUCAAUGAUAGUUGGGACACACCAGACACCCCGCGCAAAGGCGCCACCAUGGCAGACAUAAUGAAACGCGGCAUCGUCAAGAAACGCGAACCACCCGUAACCAAGUGGAAGAAUACGGUCAAACGGAAGCACAAGACCGCCGGACAGUCUGCCACCGCUGCCGCCGUAGCAGCAGCUUACCCGAUGCCUCCGCCUCCGCCCAAGAAAUUGUGCGGCGGACUGUCACUAUUGGACCGAUACAAAAAGGACAACAACUGGAAGGGUGCGACCCACAUUAAGGAGGAACCCGUCAUCAAGGAAGAACCCUUAGACGACGCCGGUUCUUCAGCCGACGACGACCGCAGUGACGACGACGAGUACGACAACCGACAGCGACACCGACGAAAACAGCGGCAACAGCAGCAGAAACAUCAACAACAAAACGUGCUGGCGACGACCAUCAAGCCAGAACCGCUGGACGAAGACGAAGACCGCAGGGUCGACGACGAUGACGAAGACGACGAUUACGACAUGGACGCGGACUUCGAGUCGCUAAUGAAGAACGAACCGGACGACAUAUUCGAUGACGAUUACGAUGAUUACGACGACGACCACGACAUGGAUUGGGACAAAGUGUUGCGCGGCGCGUCCGCGUCGAGCGGCGGCCGCGGCGGCAAGUCUUCCGGCGGAUCGUCGUCGUGCAGCUCGUCGUCCACGACCACGGGCGGCGGACGCAAAAAGAAGAAGAAGAAGAAAAAGAAAACGUCCACGUCGUCCGGCUCGGCAAAAUCGUCGGCUAAGCUGCACCACCAACAGCAGCAGUCCGGCGGCGGCGCCGGCAAGAAGAUCAAGUACGAGAACGUGAACGGAGGUUACAGCUAUAAGACCAAGCUCAUGGAUCCCGUCAAGCGGGCGCUGCACAACGACCUGGAGAAAUCGCGACGCGUGGAGACCAGCAUGCUGUUCAUGAACCUCAGUAUGCAAGUGUCGUUCCUGGACGACAACCGUAAGAUACCGUCCAAGCUGAGCAUACUGCGGGGCGCCAAGCGAGAGUGUGACCUCAUGAUGCUCGACGAACGGCGGCUACUGUCCGAGAAGCACGUCAUGCAACAGAAGCAGCGCAUGCUCCGAGAGCGACUAUUCGAGCUCCGGCGCGAGCACUACCACCGGCGGUACGGAAAACAGAAACAAACAUCAUCCCACCAUUCACACAACCAACAGCAUCAGCAGCAGCAAUAGUUCAUCGCGGUGAGGACGAAUCUUAUAAAAUAAUAUUGUCAUUUUUAUAAACAUUAUCAACCCCCCCCCCCUGCACACCACACAAACACACAUACAUGCUAGCGUGACGUACUCGUUCGUCCCGGGCGUCCUUUAAUUAAUAUUAUUACAUUUUUUUUUUUUUUCAUUUCGAAGAACAAUUGCUCAAAUAUAUUUAAAUAUAUAUUAAUUUAUUAUUAUUUUUAUCAAUAAUUAUUAUCGAUACGUAUUAUAUAUGUAUGUAGAGGUAGAUAAGUAUAGUUAGACGUGUGUGCGUGUGUGUGUGUUGUGCAUGUGUGUAUCGGUGUUAAAAUAUUAUGUUUGUGUACAUAUAGUUAGGAUAUGUUAUACGCGUAUUAUUAUUAUAUUAUGAAUAUUAUGAUAAUUCGCCCGAGACGAGCGAGUGCCCGUGUUUGUUAUUGAGGUUUUUCUAUUUAUUAUUUUCUGAUUUUUUCGAAACCCGAAGUACAUUUUAUUUGUUUCAAAUCGUGGAAAGCAUCAAACAUGCUAUUUUAUUUUUUUACAAUCGGUGAACUACCGAGUUUAAGUCGGGAGCAGGACUUAUAAUGAACUUUCGUUUAUAUAUUUUUUAAAAAUUGCGUCUGAAAUAUUUAAUAUUUCGUAAUAUUUUGACACUUUUUUUUAUUUAAGAUUUCUACUACCGCCUUUUCCCACGCUCCCAUGGCACUGCUGUGUGUAGUGAUAGACAUUCUUGUAAAUAUGAAUAAUCAACAUUUAAUUUACUACAUAAUAUAUAUAAAUAAAUAUAUAAAUUUUAUUAUAAAUAAUCGUGUAACACUUAGGAUAUUUGGUUUUUUUUCAAACGUAUAAGCCUAUACUGAAUAUAUUUUAAAAUAUUUUAUUAUUUAAAAUCGUGAAAUACAAGUAAACAGCGUUUAAACGAUAUGACAUGUUCCUAUUGUACAGUUUUUUUUUUAAUAUAUAUAAAUAUAUAUAUAAAUGUCUAAUGAAAACUUUUAGUUGUAUAAUAUUUUUAACGUUAUCCAUAAACGUAGACGAUAAAAUAAAUAAUUUUAAGUAUGAAUUUAUUGUUAAGUCUACGAGGAUAUUAUUACAUGAUGCUUCCCCUCCCCACACGUUUUUUAAUGCACAGUACAAAAUAGAUUAAGUAAGAUCUUAAAAUGUUAUAGUUGGUAGUAUUGAUAAUUAUUUUUUUCUGAUGUAGGUAUACUAUACUUGUUAGUUUUUUUUUUGUUACGUUUUACCUGAUUUCGUUGCAUUUCCAAGUUGUGUUUGCGCAUUUUUCCUUUAUUAUUAUUAUUAUUAUUAUUUUUAUUAUUAUUAUUAUUAUUAUUAUUUCAUUUUUAAACAUUUCUUUUUUUUUGUUCACUAGACGGCACCUAAUUUAAAUGCACUUGUAAAAAUUAAAUAAAAUGUACGUAAAACAAUAUUAUUAUUAUUAUUAUUAUUAUUAUUACUAUGAUUAUUAUUAUUAUUAUUAUUAUUAUUAUUAUUAUUUUUAUUAUUAUUAUUACAAUUAUUAUUAUAUUAUAACAGAAAGUAAUUUAUAAAAAGCGCUUAUUUGUACAUACAGAUUAAUUAAACAAGGAAUCCCCAUAAACAAAUAAAUAAAAAUGGUAAAAAGCUUUCAUAUUUUUAGAUAUAAAUAUUAAAAACUAUGUAUGUCUUAAGUAUACAUACAUACAUAUUGAAAUAAUUGUUAAUGCAAUUAUUUAUAAUUAAUUAUACCAGUGGAAGUAACAGGAGUGUUCAUUAAUAUUAGGUUUUUGUUAAAAAAAAAAAAAUAUUAAGUAAAUAAGUCAUAGACAUUUUUUAACAAAUUUUCUCCUACGAUACAAUAUUGUGAUAAGUGCUGUUUUUUAUAAAUCGUUAAGACUUUGUUUUAGUUAUUAGGUCACAAAAAAGAAUAUGUUUGUUUUUUCUCCAAAACAACACGUUUCUGCCGUAAAAUAAACGUCCCUAAAUUUUUUAAAAAAUUUUCGUUUUUGGAUUUUUUUUUUAACUCUAGUCUCGAGUGCCAUCCUCGUUCAUAAUAUUUAUAAACCCUUCCCUCUUUUCAUAUAUUACACGCGCGAAAGAGAGAUAUAUUUUUUAAACGCUAACUCUUUAUCGGUCGCACAUAUAUUAAUUAUUAUAAUAUAAUAUACGAUGAUAUAUAUAAAAUAUAAAUAAAUGUAUGUGUGUAUAUUAUAACUACGGAGAAAAAAGUAAAUUUAGUGAGACUAAUUUUGUAUUAGAUAUUAUUAUUUUUAAUAAUUAAGGCUGAACGUGAUUGUUAACCAAGUGCUGCAAACAUUUUAUUGGAAAAUUAAUGAUAAUAUUAAAAAAAAAAAUAAAAAAAUAAAAAAAUAAA